AACAUGCCAAAGACUGAAGGUGAACCAGCAUUUAUAUAUGUUCUUGUUUCAGAAAAGAGAAUGGCUGCUGUUGGCCAAAGGGGAGCCCCUGAGCGGAGGACACAGCCUGAGACAGCCUGCCAACACCUUCUAUGUGAUUGUGCCAUCACGCUCCCCCACUCUGCUGGUGAAGGCAGUGGCCACUCGGGAACUGAUGCUGCCCAGCCCCUUCCCCCUGCUGCCUGAGGACCCACCUGAUGACAGCCUUAAGAUUGUGGAGAGCGUGCUGGACAGCCUGGAACUAGAGCCCACCUACAACCCCUUGCAGGCUUGGAGCCACCUGUACUCACACCUGAGCAGCACCUUUAUCAAGCCUCAGGACCGCCUCCACCCAAGCUGGGAGAGCCGCGCCCUGAGAAAGCGUCCCUGCAAGGCUGGGCAGUUACAGACAAACCGAGUUCGAGCCACAGUGGCCCCCCUGCCUAUGACUCCAACCCCUGGCAGAGCCCUCCAGAUGCCAGCAGCCAGCAAGUCUUCCUCAGAAGCCUUCUUCUGGCCUUCCAAGGAGGAAGUGGGGGAGGAGAAAGAGGAGGAGUAUCCCUGGGGGCCCUGAGUCCCCAGCGCCAGAGCCCGGCUGCCCUGCUCAACCACAUCCAUACUAAGGCUCGUGCAAUGAAUGGCUUUCCAUGGUGAGACUUGCCUUCUGUCCACUUGUGCCUCUGUGAGCUCCAGGUGACUGGGAAACAGAGCCUUCCCCUCCUCUGUCUUCCGUGCUGCUACCGCCCCGGCCCCCGCCACUCAGGCCCAGAAGAGACACACCUGAACUUUUUCCUUCUCCAAGCAGGAGUUCAUUUUCUUUUGGAUCAUUUGAUACCAUUAACACAGAUGAAGAUUAAAUACCUAGUAAGUCUCCACUAUUGUUAAGAGCAUUCCCAACCCUGAAUUUCUCCUUGUAGUUCCCUAUAAGCAGGUAGAUGAGGUCAGGUCACCUUUGGGAAACUGGACCUCAGGAGAGAAGGACAAGGUUUUCAGAGCUCAUGAAAAAUAAGUACAUUGAAAUUUAAGCCUCAUUCCGAAGCCUAUGCUCUUCCCACUACACCCACCACACAGCAGUUCCCUUUGACCUUCAAACAGAAAAAUGGUUGGUGCUUGAGUAACUGUAGGUAAAGUGUGUGUGCGCGCGUACGCACGUGUGUGGAUUUGUGUGUGUUGGGGCAGGUGGUGUCAUAUAGCUGAGAACAGGAGGAAAAGAUGGUGUGAAAAAGACCUAUUGCCUUCCUAUUCUCCUCUCCCCGUGCCUGUCCACCUUUCUGUUGGCCCUCUCCAUCCAUGGAAUAACUACCAUUUAUAAAAUGCUUAAUCUGU